AUGGACGAGGAUGCUGCUUCCCUUUCCACGCCCCCUGACAACCAGCAGCAGCAGCAGCAGCAGCAGCAGCAGAGGGAGAAAGCGGCCUUCUUCCGGCGCUCGCUUCCGCUCCCGUCGAUCCAGUCCCAGCGAGCGGUGGCCGAGAGGGCCGUGAGGAGGGCCAAGGCGGCGCAGAGGGCGGUGGCGGAGCGGACGGUCAAGAGGGCCAAGGUGGCGCUGGGCACCGCCUUCGACGACCUGGGCCUCACGCGACCACCGGUCGGGUCCACUCUGGAACGGUUUCUCCACGCGGACGAGGUUCUCGGCCUCUGGCGGCAGGAGGAGGCUUUGGAGGACCAGAUGCAAGACGGGGACGACGUCCUGCCGGGAACGAACAUCGGCAUCCCGGAGAGGCGAAUCUGGGUGGUCACCACGGCGGCGUUGCCCUGGAUGACGGGCACCUCUGUCAACCCGCUCUUGAGGGCGGCCUACCUCACUAGGGGGCGCGACCCUGGCAAGGUGAGCCUGAUGAUUCCGUGGCUGGGUCUCGAAGACCAGCACUUCGUUCUCCCCGACGGGCACCGGUACGAGAGGAAGGAGGACCAGGAGGCGUUCAUUAGGGGCUGGCUGAGGGGUGCCGGGAUGACGAGCGAGGCUGACGACCUUCGGAUCGCUUGGUAUGACGCCAGAUACCACCAGGUGGCCGGGUGCAUCUUCCCCAUGGGAGAUAUCACCCGCCUCAUCCCCGACGACGAGGCAGACGUGUGCAUCAUGGAGGAGCCCGAGCACCUCAACUGGUUCAGGGCCACGGGCGUCAACUGGAGCAAGAAGUUCACCCACGUGGUGGGCGUGAUCCACACGAACUACGUCCACUACACGCUGGCGGAUACGAAUCACUGGGCCUCCGGCAGGGUGAAGGCGCCCUUCGCCCGCGCCUUCAACAAGAUCAUGGCUCGCGCCUACUGCGACAAGGUGAUCAAGCUCUCGGCGACCCUCCAGAAGUUCGCGGAGGAGAAGGAGACGGUUACCAACGUGCACGGGGUCCGCGAGAACUUUCUCCUCGUCGGGGACGACCGGGCGAAGGCGGCGGCUCGAGGGGAACCGUUCGCCGCCGGGAAUAGACCAUAUUUCCUCGGUAAGAUGCUCUGGGAGAAGGGGUACGGCAAGCUCUGGGACCUCCUCGAGGGCUACCAAGCCGCUCAAAACCAGCCGGACGGCGAGGAGGGAAGAGAAGCAUCAUCUCCCGCUGCCUUAGCCGAAAAGAAGACGGCUGCUGCCGGGGACCACCGGGCUCACGCGACCCCAGCUGGCGACAAGGUGGAUGCAGGCGGCGAUGGCGGCGGUAUCAUUCUCGGCGCGUACGGAUCCGGUCCCGACAGCGACCCGAUCCGCGAGAGGGCGGCGGUCAUGGGCCUCUCGGUGGAGUUCAACCCGGCCACCGACCACGCGGAGCUGUCCCAGUACAAGACUUUCGUCAACCCUAGCGAGAGCGAGGUGCUGUGCACGACGGUGGCGGAGGCGCUGGCGAUGGGCAAGUUCGUGGUGAUCGCGGAGCACGCCUCCAACGAGUUCUUCUACCAGUUCCCGAACACGCUCAAGUUCAAGAGCCAGGAGGAGUUCAACGAGCAGCUGAGCUACUCGAUGACGAACGAACCCGUGCCCCUGACGCCGGAACAACGGCACGUCCUGGGGUGGUCCGCGGCGACGGACCGACUCGUAGAAAGCGCCAAGGUCACCGUCAGGGAAUCGCUACGCCGACGGCGAGAGCUAGACGAGGCGGCGUGGCUGUUCCACUACUACCUCGGGUCCGGGAGGAGAGGGGACCGCGUCCGCAAGAUCAUGGCAGGCGGGGUCGUUGCCGGGCAGCACGCACACAUGGAGCUGGUUCUUAAGGCCGAGGACGAGGCGUUGGAGCUAGCCGAGGUGGCGGCUGGGGCGAAAGGGGGAGGGCACGAGGCGGCACGGACUUGAGCGUGACAUGCGUUACCCCCGUGACCCGUGCUCCCCCCCCGGCCGGAAACGCAACGCACUUGCUUGUUUUACCGGAAAUGUGAAUCGCGAGAUUGAGGAUACAGACGUAGGCACGGGCACCUCUUGUGAUAGACGACCCCUGUUCCAGGACGGCGGGGGCGCCGGCUGACUUGCCGUGUUGCAUAGACGUUUUUUAUUCCAACAAGAAGGGAGGUGUUGUGGUCAGAGGGCCGGAUUGGAACUGAGGAGCAUGAAUUGUAUUUGCUGGACAGUCUGAACGGUACUCUGAAUCUUUGAAUGGACACGCGGCUGUGACUUUGCGCGUCCAUGGGAUGAAUGAAAUUUAUUGUAACCACCGCGUUUGUAUAGUAGAAUAUAUGGAUUCGGCGUCUGGCUUAUGCCUCUCGGGUACAGCGAAGGACCACCCUGAUUAUUUUUGUGUGAUCGUUUAGAAGAGCAUGAUGUGGGCGUUGACAAGCCGCGGGGCGAAUGGCUCGCUGCGAUUGGCGUUCGAUUUUUGUAGUGUUUGUGUGACUCAGGCUAUGGCAGAUUGUUUCUGGUUGUGGGUGAAGCUGAUCGGCGCAGCCCUGCUUCAAGGCGGGGACGUGAAGCUGUGCCAUCUCUGGGUGCGCGGAAAAUAACGGCCGCGGCGUGGCCGCUCGUACGAUAAAUGAAUGGACGUGCUACCGUUGUGUUCUAGGGGAUGACCUGUGUACCAACUUGACACAAGUUUGCGCCACGCACUGUUCAUUCUGUUUUUGCCGGUAUCUCAACAAGAAGACUCGUGUCACAGGAGGCCUUUCUACAACUACAGUGCAUUUGUUUGCGUUCUGUUUGUUUCGUGCAGUUCUUCCUGACCCUGAAAUAGACGUGCACCUGGCUGCAAUAUGACCGCAGGCACUUUUGCAAGGGGUGGAGUUCUAGAAAACGACGUAGAGUCCGAUUGCUUUGCAUUUGCGACUGUCCUUGUACGUGAACGUUCGUCUAG